AUGGCAAUUGUCCCAUCUGAAGCUCCGACUGAGAUUACAACAACGGUUCCUCAACCAACGAAUUCUCCGACUGAAGCUCCAAUAGUGUCCGAAGUAUCUACCAAUGCAGCGACGCAAACUAGUACACGCUCGACUGUAUCACCAACGAGUUCUCCGACAAACAACUUGGAUGCUGGAACAACAGCAUCUCCGACCACUUCACCGUCUCCCGACAAUGUCGAGUCUGCAGGGACCUCUGUCACGAACCGAUCGAGUGACGCGGGUGCUGGACCAACCAUCGUCUUGAGCGUUCUGGCCGUUUUUGGCUGUCUCUUCAUCAUCGUGAUAGCGGUCAUGUACAUCGUAGCUAAGAAGAAGAAGCAACUGAACGCACAAAUGGAGCAGGACAAGCUCCCCGCUCACCACGAUGGAAGCCGCUACUCGGCCGAAGGCGACCACCACACCAACGUCCUAAUCAACGAGCAGACAUUCCCAUACACAGCAGCCGCCUCCCCUCAGCCGUCCUGCUCUGCGAGCAUCUAUAGUACGUGCAACUUCGGUUGUCUUCAACGUCGUGCCGAAGCCAUCUACACUCGUGACUUCUACGCUGAAGACACAGCGAUGAGAAGGAAGAUGGCUGCACUCGUGCUGUACGAAUCCAUCGCAUGA